AUGACAAACCAUUUAACCCAUAUUUCUAUUCAACAGUUUGAAAUUAUUAUUAAUUUAUUAGAUGAAAAUGGUGAUAUUGUCGAUGACGAACUAACAGAAGUGGAGAAUAAAUACAAAAAUUAUUCAAAAUUGAUAGAGGAUAAUUCUGAUUUAAUUAUUGAUAAUAAAAUUGACCAGUCUAAAAUAGACAAGCUUAAAGAGGCUGAAGAAGAUGCGUUAAAUGCUAUUGAGCUUUUAGAU